AUGAUUAAAAAUGCAAUAACAAAAUCAUUAACACAUAAAACUUUAAGUCAAAAAUUUGUUGAAGUGAUUCCAAUAUUAAGAGUUUUAUCAUCACAACAAAAAAUUGCACUUUCAUCAUUAAUAUCAGCACAAAUUUCAGCGAAACCAGGAACAGAAUUAAAAUUAAGUCAAGUUCGUUCAAUUUUUGGAAAUAAUCAAAAACUUAUUUUACCAUUGGUACUUGAUAUCGCUAAUAUGGUUCGAAAUGCCGCUAAAAGUUCUUUAACGAAAUAUUAUGAUACAUUAGAAGAUGAAGAUGAAAAAUCAAUAUUAUCAUCAUCAAUACAAUCAUCAGCUGAAUCAAAUUUACAUAGACGAAUUUUUGACCAAUCAAUUAACAAUAACAAUAAUUAUAAAAAUCAUAGAUUUGAUGAAAAUAAUUUCGAUAAUGAUGACAUUGCUACCGAUGAUGACAAUUAUUAUGGUGAAAUAAUGGAUCCAAUUAUAAUCAAUAAUGAAUUAUAUGAUGCAUAUCGUUCAGAUAAAAACAAUAAUAGUUCAAUGGAAAUGAAAUUAAAUGAUGAUGGACAAAAUACAUAAUGGAA